AUGAGUGGUUUUGCCACACCCAAUAAUAAUGGUGUAUCAUCACCCACCUCUUCUUCAUCAAUUAAUAAUACAAAUACUCCAACAAAUAAUGGUAGUGGAUUUUAUAGUAUGAAUAAUUCUGUAAAUAAUCAGCUACUACAAAAAUUAAAUUUCCCAACAACUAUAAAUUUUCUACAACGAGAAUUUCGUAAAUACGAGAAUGAAAAGGAGUUAUGGGAAUUAGAGAGAGGAGAGUUAUCGACAACUAUUUCGCAUCUUGAAGCUUUUCGUAAAAGUCAAGAAAAGAUACAAUAUGAUUUAUUGCGUAGAAUCAAAAUGUUAGAAUUUGCUCUUCGAACGGAAAGAUCAAAAUAUUCAACACUUGUAGAUUAUAUUAAAAACACAGAAACUAAUGAUGGUGAUUACAAGAAGAACUUGAUUUCAUUUUGUGAAUCACUUGUAACAACAGCAAAACCAGUGAAUGAUGUUCCUCCAAGUAAACCUGCUUCUACAACUAGUAUAACUACAUCCGGAGCAAAACCAAAGAGUUUAGAACUUUUAAGAGGCUAUUUGAAAGAAAUUGAUUCAUCAGAUUUAAUGUCCCUCCUUGUGGACAUACCCGACAAUAUUCCAUCGACUGCUAUGAAUUCUAAUUUGGUAUUACCAAGUUCUGAACCAAGUAAAGAUGCUGGUUUAGCAACAACAGAAACAACACCAUCAACACCAAAAUCUGAUAUUCAAUCACCAGUCUUUAAUUCACCUACAGUAAUAACAACAGAAAAUGAGUCAUCAAUACAAGAAACAAAACCAAAACAAGAACCAGUUGCAGAGUUGCCUACAACACCAACAAAAGAGCAUAAAAAGAAGAACAAGCAUAAAAACAGUUCUUCUAAUGAGAUUCCUGAGGAUGAGGAUAUGAGAAAAUUCAUUACACAAUUAAGACAAAGAGGAUAUUCUGAUAAAUUAAUUGAGAAAAAGAUUGGAGCUAAAAUUCCUGAUGACAUGUUAGAGGAAGUUAAACCUUGGAAGGAUGAAGAUAAUUCAAAUAGCAAAGAGGAAGGAACAUUUUUCGGAAGGAAGACAUUAUCAUGGAAUACUGAAGAAACUCAACAACUACCUACACAAUUACCACCAAUGCCAGUCCAACAACCACAAAUUAUCCACCAUCAACCAAUUUCUUGGAAACCUAAAUAUACUCUUAGACAUCAUUUGGAUUCUAUAAGAUCUGUUGCAUUCCACCCAACUUUGAAUUGCAUGAUUAGCGGUUCCGAGGAUUGUACAUUAAAGGUUUGGAAUGUUUCUGGACUCACUGGUACUAAUGAUACUCCAAUUCAAACAUUGAGAGGUCACACAGGAGGAGUUUGUACUGUUAAAUGUGGUUCAUCACAUUGUUUUAGUGCAGGUUUUGAUGAAACAAUUAUUGUAUGGGAUAUUCCUCAAUUGGAUCAUAAUCCAUACACAAAUUAUGGUUUUGCUACUCCAUUCUUAAAGACUACACUCAAAGGACAUACAGAUGUUGUUUGGUCUCUUUCCUUAAAUGAAAGUAAUCAAUCACUGUUAUCAGCAAGUUCUGACGAUUCAGUUAUUCUUUGGGAUUAUGAAAGAGGAGAAAUUAAGAAAACUUUCAUGCUUUCAAAGAUUGGAACACCUACUUGCGUUUCUUUCUUGCCAAGUGAUACUUCCAAGUUUAUUGCCUCUUUCACUAAUUCUAAAAUUGCUGCUUUUGAUGUGGAAACAGGAAAAUCAAUAUGGAUUUCAGAGAAUAUUGAUGAUGGUAAGACAGACGCAUUAGUCUAUCAAUUCGCAUGUCACGAUAAACUCCCAAUCAUAGUAACUGCUAAUGAAGAUAAGAAGAUCAGAUUCUAUGAUUCAUCAAGUGGUAAGGUACUUAGUCAAAUGGUUGGUCACAAGGAGGCAGUUACUUCAGUGGCCUUUGAUCGUAGUGGAUUAUACUUUGCAACUGUUGGUCAUGACUCCUCUCUAAGAGUUUGGGAUAUUGGUUCCAAGUCUUGUGUUCAAGAACUUCCUGGUCAUAGAAAGAAGUUUGAUGAAUCUAUUAAUUGUGUUUCCUAUCAUCAUUCACAAGAUUUACUGGCUUCGGGUGGUGCUGACAGUAUUGUAAAAAUUUAUACCAGUUAAACAUUU